GCAAGCUAUGACUGGACGUUGGCUGAAAAGGACAGUCUCCCGUAAAGUAACGAUCAAUGUGGUUCCGGCAGCUGGUUUGAGUUAACAAGGCGUUGUUAAGCUCUGCGCGCGCUUCGGAGUUUGCGGAGCCGUCGUCCAAAACAAAAGGGCUGGGAACGUCGUUUAUCGGUGAGGGACUACGUCGACGAGGCCGUUUAAACAUGGAGGUGGACGAAAGCCCGGCCAACGUGAUGGCUGCAUCGGGCACCACGGGCAGUGUGUGCAUCUCCUUGCAUCCGCUCGUGAUUAUGAACAUCUCCGAGCACUGGACGCGAAUCAAGGCCCAGGAAGGCAAGGCGCAGCAGGUGAUCGGUGCCCUCAUCGGCAAGCAGAAAGGCCGCAACAUCGAAGUCAUGAACUCGUUCGAGCUCGUCUUCAACACCAUCGAGGGAAACAUUGUGAUUGACAACGACUACUACAACGUCAAGGAGCAGCAGUUCAAACAGGUAUUCAGCGACUUAGACUUCCUCGGCUGGUACACGACAGGAGGUGCCCCGACCGAGUCAGACAUCCAAGUGCACCGGCAGAUAUGCUGCAUAAACGAGAGUCCCGUGCUGCUCAAGCUGAACCCACAGGCACGUCACAGUCAGCUGCCCGUCGCCAUGUACGAGUCAGUCAUCGACCUGGUCAACGGGCAGGCCACCAUGCUCUUCGUUGAACUGCCCUAUACACUGGCCACUGAAGAGGCGGAGCGCAUCGGUCUCGAUCACAUGGCGCGCAUGUCGGCUGCUGGCGAGUCUGGUGAAAGCUCCCUUGUUGCCCAGCACUUACAGGCCCAGCACAGCGCCAUCAAGAUGUUGCACAGCCGGGUGCGCCUGGUGCUGGAGUACGUGAAGGCAGUGUCUGCGGGCACCCAACCAGCCAAUCACGAGGUGCUGCGGGACGCGUUCAGUCUCUGCCACCGGCUGCCCGUGCUGCACACGCCCAGCUUCCAGGGCCAGUUCUACAACCAGUGCAACGAUGUGGCCCUCAUGACUUACCUGGGCACCCUCACCAAGGGCUGCAACAUCAUCAACCAGUUCGUCAACAAAUUCAAUCUCCUCUACGACCGACAGGGCAUGGGACGACGCAUGGGCAGGGGGCUGUUCUUCUGAGAAGCUGUGCCAUUUAACAGCACGUUAUGGAAGCGCACCACACAAGCCCAACAAGCAGCUCACUCACCAUGCAACGCCUGCUGCACAGCAAAAAGGAACUCUCAGGAACAGCAAGUCCUGUUUGCCAGUGCUGCCCUCUGUUGUGCACGCCUGUGAGCAGACUGUGCUUCUUUGUUUUUGUUUUUUUUUUCGUUCAUUGCGAUGCAGUUGGUAUCGCAGUGCUACGAGCAACAAUUCAGUGCGUAUGUGAGAAUUCCAUUCAAAUUUUUUGAAAACAAUGUUGUUCUCUCCCUCCCACCUUUUUUUUAUUCAAACUGAGUAAAUGCAACAAUUUCUGGCUGAGGAGAGACGUAAUAAAUGAAGUGGCGAUCACCUCCUG